AUGCCACACCGGCUCCAAUCAAACUUUCCCACAACGGCUGGGUGGUGGAAUAGGCAAUCGUCCUGCUUCCCCCCAUCCCCUUCCCUGCUUCAACCCAUCCCCUCUCCUGCUUCCCCCCAUCCCCUUCCCUUCUUCCCCCCAUCUCCUUCCCUGCUUCCCCCCAUCCCGUGCCCUGCUUUCCCCCAUCCCCUCCCCUGCUUCCCCCCAUCCCCGUCCCUGCUUCCCCCCAUCCCCUUCCCUGCUUCCCCCCAUCCCCUUCCCUGCUUCCACCCGUCCCCUUCCCUGCUACCCCCCAACCCCUUCCCUGCUUCCACCCGUCCCCUUCCCUGCUUCCCCCCAUCCCCUUCCCUGCUUCCACCGAUCCCCUUCCCUACUUUCCCCCAUCCCCUUCCCUGCUUUCACCUGUCCCCUUCCCUGCUUCCCCCCAUCCCCUCCCCUGCUUCCCUAGAUCCCUUUCCCUGCUUCCCCCCAUCCCCUUCCCUGCUUCCCCCCAUCCCCUUCCCUGCUUCCACCCGUCCCCUUCCCUGCUUCCAUCCAUCCCCUUCCUGCGUCCAUCCAUCCCCUUCCCUGCUUCCUCCUAUCCCUUCCCUGCUUCCAUCCAUCACCUUCCCUGCUUCCCCAUGUCCCCUUCCCUGCUUUCCCCCAUCCUUUCCCUACUCCUAUUCACUGGAAUGA